AUGUCUCCUGAAUUGGGUAAACCUGUACAUAACCAGAUGGCAGUUGCAACCUUCAAAGGACCUCUUAAUGGUGAGUACCAUGGGAAAAAGACAUUGGAAAGAAAAAAUUCUGGCAAGAGACGUGUGUUUGUGCAGACUGAAAGUGGUUCUGUUUUGGGCAUAGAGCUAGAUAGGGGUGACAAUGUCCACACAGUGAAGAGGAAAUUACGGCUUGCACUUAAUGUCCCAACUGAUGAGAGUUCAUUGGUAUGCGGUGACAUGGUGUUGAAGAAUGAUCUCAGCAUUGUUCGAAAUGAUUCUCCGCUUCUUCUCACCCGGAACUUCUUGCACAGAAGCUUGUCUACCCCCUGUCUCUCACCAACUGGGAAGGAUCUUCAGCAGAGGGAUCAGAGUGGUCCAAUUGAGGUACUGGGGUACUCGGAUCAAUUUGCCAGAACAAAACAAUUAGUUGUGGAUAUUGUGAUGGCAAUAAGAAAUGGCAUUGAUCCGGUUCCUGUUCACAGUGGGCUUGGAGGUGCAUAUUACUUUAGAAAUUGCAGUGGUGAAAAUAUUGCCAUUGUGAAACCAACGGAUGAGGAACCUUAUGCUCCAAACAACCCAAAAGGUUUUGUUGGGAAAGCACUUGGACAACCAGGUCUCAAACGUUCAGUACGGGUUGGGGAGACAGGUUUCAGAGAAGUUGCAGCUUUCCUUCUUGAUUACAAUAAUUUUGCUAAUGUGCCUGACACUGCUCUUGUGAAGAUCACACAUUCAGUUUUUAAUGUGAAUGAUGGAGUGAAAGGUAAUGUGCAUCGAAACGGAAAGCAAGCAAGUAAGAUUGCAUCACUGCAGCAAUUCAUUCCUCAUGAUUUUGAUGCCAGUGAUCAUGGGACUUCCAGCUUCCCUGUUGCUGCUGUGCAUAGGAUAGGGAUUCUAGAUAUUCGGAUUCUUAACACAGACAGGCAUGCAGGGAACCUUCUGGUUAGGAAGCUUGAUGGUGGUGGGAGGUUUGGUCGGGUAGAGCUUGUACCCAUUGAUCAUGGCCUUUGUCUACCUGAAAGCUUAGAGGAUCCAUACUUUGAGUGGAUACACUGGCCUCAGGCAUCAAUUCCUUUCUCAGAUGAUGAGCUUGCAUAUAUAAAUAAACUUGACCCUUUUAAGGACUCUGAUAUGCUCAGAAUGGAGCUGCCCAUGAUUCGAGAGGCAUGCCUCCGAGUCUUGGUUCUUUGCACGAUUUUUCUCAAGGAAGCUGCAGCCUUUGGCCUCUGUCUCUCUAAGAUUGGUGAGAUGAUGAGUAGAGAAUAUCGGGGCCAUGAGGAGGAGCCGAGUGAACUCGAGAUAAUAUGCAUUGAAGCAAAGACACUGUUGGAUGAGGAAAUAUCUUAUUUUGAGCCAAAAGCAGGCAGGGAGGAGUUUCAGUUUGAGCUUGACUGUGGGGAGGAGGAGCUGGAUUUGGCUCCAACUACAGAAGAGAAAAUGAAAACUGAAAGGACUUUCCGUUUUGGGUCCAAAGGUGGAAAUGGAAGAUACUUACUAUCCAAACUAGAGGAGGGUGUGGAGGAGGGCAUGGACGGGCACGAGGGAAAUGAGUUACCUCCAAGGUCAGAUGACUGUGUUAGUGUAAUGCAGGAUCAGAUUCCAAAUGUUUCAAAGCUGUCAACAUCAUUGAAAAACAUCAGUGUUGGUGAGAAGAGUUGGCGACACCUAGGCUCAAUGCAGAAGAACGGCUAUUUGGCUGGCACAUCCUCAGGAAAUAGGAGUGUGAAUGAGCAGCGGCCUAUGAGCAGUAAUUUCGUGAUGUUGGCAGAUAUGAAUGAAGAGGAAUGGAUGCGGUUUCUUGAGAAUUUCCAGAGAUUGUUGCGCCCUGCUUUUGCAAAUCGCAAUGCAGGGAAUGUGGGUCAGAGGCAGAGACAGAGGUUGGGGACUUCAUGCCAGUUUUGA